GGGGGGUAAACACUCUCUAACCCUUCUUUAGUACCAGCUCGCCUGCCUGAAGCUCUUCCCUUUAUCAGUGUCGUCUUCUUCUUCUUCCUGUUCGUCUUCGUCUUCGUCUUCGUCACUCGUGAACGUUUAGUUCGUGGAUUCACCCCCACAGAACGAACGCGGAGGUAAUUUUCUGUUGUUGAAUUUUGGCUACGAAUUCACACCUGCAGUGCAUGAUUCAGACUGAGAGUGAGUGACUUCUAUGAACAGACGUCCUGUAUUGAAGCUCCUCUGUCCUGUGUGACCCCCUGACACAGAGAGGAUGGUGAUGGAGGAGGGGGGUCCAGGAGACAGAGGGAGGGGGGGUCCGGUGACGGCAGCAGCGGAGGGACGGCAGAUCUUCGUGGAGCUCGGGGAGCAGAACCUUGACGGCAUUUGUCUUUCUACAUAUCGAACGUCCUGCAAGCUCCGGUUUAUACAGAAGAGAUGCAACCUGCAUCUGAUCGACAUAUACAACGUGAUCGAGGCGGUGCGGGACGCUGGUCUGAACGCCGUCGAGCUGAACGCCGGCAUCUCCGUGACCAGACUGGAGAACCUGGUGUCGUCCCUGUUCAACCAGCUCAGCAAGCGCCUGCCCACCACGCACACCAUCAACCCGCAAGAGAGCACCGCCCUGUUCGUGGAGUUCUUACUGGCUGCCGUGGACAGUGAACCAGAAAGCCGACUGACGGUGCUGUCGGUGAAGGCGAUGCUGGCGAUGCUGUGUGGAGGGAAACUGGUGGAUAAACUCCGCUAUGUGUUUUCUCAGAUAUCUGACUCCGGUGGUGUGAUGGUUCUGUCCAAAUUUGAUGGGUUUCUGAAGGAAGCUCUGAAGCUGCCCACCGUUGUACAUGAAGCACCGUCCUUUGGCUACACGCACACAUUAGCGCGCUCGUGUUUCCCACAACAGAAGAGGGUGAUGCUCAACAUGUUCCUGGACAUUGUUACCAACCCUCCUCAAUGUCUCGUUUGGCUGCCUCUCAUGCACCGCCUGGCCAACGUGGAGCACGUCUAUCAUCCUGUGUCGUGCUCCUUCUGUCGUGGCAACGGCAUGACGGGCUUCCGCUACCGCUGCCUCCGUUGCCGCGGUUACCAGCUCUGUCAGAACUGCUUCUGGCGCGGCAACAUCAGCGGCUCACACACCAGCCAGCAUCAGAUGAAGGAGCACUCGUCCUGGAAGUCCCCAGCGACGAAGCUUGGUCGAGCCCUGAGCAGGACUCUGGGCUGCGUAUCGUCCAGAGAUCCCCCCCACCCAAUUUAUCCAGAGGAACCUGAGAGGACGCUGAACCUCUCCAACAUCGUCCCCUCUCGACCUAUUGGAAACGCCAAUGAGGCCAUGUUGCUGUCCUCGUCGUCACCAGGGUCCACCAAACGUUUGGCAGCGGCUCAGCGCAUGAACGAGGAACACGCUCUGAUCGCCGCGUACGUGAAUCGUCUCCAGAGCAGCCCACGUAGUGUGGACAGUCCCAGCAGACAAGAUGAGGAGCACAAGCUGAUCGCCCGCUACACCUCCCGCCUGGCGGAGUCUGACGGUUCAGGAGUGAUACCGAACCGGAGCAUCAACUUUGACGUGAACAAGCAGAAGAGGGAGCUCAUCGCUCAGCUGGAGAGUAAAAACAGAGAGAUCUUGGCAGAGAUCAAACAUCUCCGCACAGAGCACGACGCCGCCUGCCAGCUCAGCCCGGAGAGGGGCAGCACCAACCCCACGCUGCUGGCCGAGCUUCGCCUGCUCAGACAGAGGAAAGACGAGCUGGAGCAGAGGAUGUCGUCUCUACAAGAGAGCAGGAGGGAGCUGAUGGUGCAGCUGGAGGGACUGAUGAAGCUGCUCAAGGAUGAGGAGCAGCGACAGGCAGCGCAGGCCGCUGGCUCUUCUCACGCUUCUCCUUCCCGGCCGAGUCCAUCAACCGUUCGCUCUGUAGGUGCCGCGUCUCCACAGGCUCACAUGUACCCUCCCCAGGACUCCCUCGCCGGGGUGGGUGGAGACGUACAAGAGGCCUUCGCUCAAGGCUCCAGAAGGAACCUGAGAAACGACCUUCUGGUGGCAGCUGACUCCAUCACCAACACUGUGUCCUCCCUGGUCAAAGAGCUGCACUCGGAUGAUGGUCGGGAGGAAGAGGAGCGGUUGCUGAACGGGAAGGACAGAGCAGGUUAAAAUCAUUGGAGGAACAACUAAAGCAGUGUGAGGUUUCAUCUUGGCCAAACAAGACCCUGCAGGGAUUCAAGCGGAUCUUCUUAGAACCCUCGUUAGCCAGUGGGGAUGACCGCUCCACUGUCGAUCAACCAAUCACGAUGCUGGACACCAAAUGACCCCACAGCAGGGGGGGUCCCUACUGAUGUAUAGCUGAGAUUCUGUGUGUGUGUCUUGUCACUGUGGUUUUACGUUAGUUUUUUGAUUUGAUCGUGCGUAGCUAAACGAGCUGACGGAUACCUACUGAUUUGUACUGUAGCAUGUGUGUGUGUGUGCUCUGCGUUUUUUUUUCGAGUUGCGAGAUGGUCGAGCAAGUGAGAGAGAGAGAGAGACACCGUGACAGAUGAGGUGCGUUCAGGACAUUUGUGAAGGAAUUGUUUUUUUAAAAAGGAAGGAGGAACUGUACGUGACCAUGUGAGAGGAGAAACAUAGGAAAGUCAAAAGACAGACAGGAAGUGAGAUGUAACGUUUUAAGUUUCAGCACUGUGUGCUUAGUAUUUAUUGCUUUGAUUUGAUGUUUGACAUUUAUUCAUUCGGUUGAGUGCUUCUGUGUACGCCAGUGUGGUCGGGCCCUGCUGUAAGCUUUAAUGUUUCCUGCUGCAUCGAGACCGGCGAGGACCCCCGUCUGAUUGAAGCGAUGCAGAGUUGAAGUGUCGGCCCAGGUCUGAAACCUGGACCAGAUUAGUGCCGUGGUGCUGAAAGCAGCUCAGGUCGUCCACACCUCUCUGUGGAUCCCACUACUGCAGUGGGACCACGUUUAAAGAGGUCAUAUCUGAUUACUGUGUGUGUGUGUGUCUGUGUGUGUUCAACAGGGGAGGGGCGGCAGUAGAGCAGCAAAGUGGGAGGAGAAGAUUCGUAAAACCUUAACGCCUAUUUUAAAAGUUUUCUUUUAAAGGAUCCGUUCAAAAAGAGAAAUAAAAAAAAAUCGGUGGUUUUAAUUUGUGAAAUUUUGGAUAACCAGCCACCAACAGUCCGAAACUUGAUUGUUUAGCUUUUAUAGAAUAAAUAUAUAAAAGAAAAAAGCAAGUCGUCUGAUCAUCUGAAUUAUGAUUUGUCAUAAAACAUAAAGAAAGUGAACAAUAAUUCCUGGAUCGCCCUUUAAUCCACCUCUGCACCAACAUGCAAGACGUUCUCUCCCCGACCUCGUCCCUCCGAGUUUAAAAGUAGUUUCACGUAUUAGUCCUUCCAACAAGUAAAAAAACAAUUAGCACAUUCAGGAGCAAAUCAUUAAAAAAUGUGUAAUAAUUGAUUAAAUUUGAUCCUAACUCUUUAUUUAUUAUAUUUUGAUAGAGUAAGAAAUCAAUUAAUAUUUAAAAAAAUAUAUAAUUAAUUUUCUUGCAACAACAGAAGAAGAAAAUAAUCAGAAAUAAAGUAUUGAUAUUACAGAAUUUUGUCCAUUCAAGUCUUGAAACUGCUCAAAAUUGCCUCUUUGCUAAAUAAAACCCAAACGUGACAGAUUCUAUCCAAACAGCUGCUUCUCAAAAUUAACUCCUCGCACUUUGCUCCUCUUUGAAUCUCCCUGUUAGACGCCUCUGAUUGUUGAAGUUGAAGUAACCCCCCCCCCCACAGCACCUCAAAACAACAUUUUUAUGCAAAUCCAGCACGACCCAAAGCGACUCACUGAGCUCGAGUCACGUCAGGUUGAUUUUAUUUUCAUGUACCAGCCGUGAGAUGUUUUUUUUUAUCAACAUGUUUGGAUUCAUGUUCACAGGAAGCUGUACUUUGCUGUAAUGUACAUUUCUGCAUCAGUUUAUUUCCGCCCCCCCCGGCCUCCACUUUGUUCGACUGACUACUUGUGGCUGGGAUUAUCACGUUUUUGAGUCCGCAGCGAUGAUUGACUGACAGUGCGAGUGAUUUAAUAAACCAAUGAGCUCAUGUUUCAACGUGUGUGCGUGAAAAAGGGAGAGCGAGAGAAAUCAAGACUGACAGGACCGACUCGUCCAGACAUGAAACUCAUUCAGCUCUGAACCUGCCGGAGCUGAGACGGUGUGAGUGAAACGUGUGGAUCAUCGGCAAUAAAUGAUAUUUAACGUCAAA